GUUUCUACAGUGGCCAGCCAGGUAUCUCAUCUGACAACACUCCGAGUCAGAAGAUCGUGCUUUCCAGGUUAACCUGACAGCACGCUCGGCCGAGUCUGUGACGUAGCUUCCUUACCUAGUUCCUCUUUCUUUGGUUGUGGGAGCAGUUUCCAGUAAAUGAGAUUGGUGAGCGUCAUACGAGGAAAUAAUACAGCCUCGGAUUGUUUUUACUGUUUUUCUUUAUUUUAUAUAGUGUUCAGUACGUGACCGGCAUCAUCUGGGCUUUUUUCUAAAAGUCAUUUUUCACUUUCCCAGAACUUGUUUUUUGCAGACCGUAGCAAAUCACAAUAGCGGGAUCAAUUUAUGCGCAGGAAACGCGAAGAUAAAUGAAGAAAGAAAAUAAAGGGAAACUGAAGUGCAGACAAUACUGACGUCUGAUGCACACGGGGAACCUUUAAUACGUGUUGUUAUCGUGAUAGGUGGGGGUGGGGGGGAGUGUGUGGACAACCAAGUUUCGGGAUUCCGUGUAGUACGACGUUUUGAUUCUGUUUACAUUGCAUUUUUUUUUUUACUGUUUGAUCUAAUAAUAGCCGUGGUUUUGUUACACACAAUGGCUGUGUCGUGUUGCAGCUCAGCUAUCGACUUUGACAGCAUUCCUUUGACAGCGCUGACUGGCACGGUUAGAAAGAAGCUCGCACUUUAUUUAAACCCGAAGCAGGUGUCCGCAGCGGACUGGACUGCCCUGGCAGAGGCAAUGGGAUUUGAAUACCUGGAAAUCAAAAACUACGAACAGUACCCGAAUCCCACAAAAAUGAUACUGGAGAACUGGGAACGAACGAGCACGCAGGCCACCGUGGGGAAGUUGCUGGAGAUGCUCACAGCAGUGGAACGAGUCGAUGUUAUCUCUGACCUACAGGGGCCUAUUGAGGAAGACUGCAAGAAGUAUCUCAAGAAGCAGCUUCAAGAACAGCCUGUGCAGGUCCCUAAGGUGGACAGCUGUGUGCCAAAGACCCUGGAAAUGAACGGGAUCACUAUCAACGACGACCCCUCGGGUCACAUGCCUGAGCUGUUUGAUGCUUUCAUCUGCUACUGCCACAGGGAUAUCGACUUCGUCCACGAGAUGAUCAGACAGCUGGAGCAGACAGAGCGCAAGCUCAAGCUCUGUGUGUUCGACAGAGACGUGCUCCCUGGGACCUGCGUGUGGAGCAUCACCAGCGAACUCAUAGAAAAGAGGUGUAAGCGGAUGGUGGUGAUCAUUUCAGACGAUUACCUUGACAGUGAUGCAUGUGAUUUCCAGACCAAAUUUGCCCUGAGCCUCUGCCCAGGUGCCCGCUCGAAACGCCUGAUCCCAGUCAAGUACAAGCCCAUGAAAAAGCAGUUCCCCAGCAUCCUGCGGUUCCUGACGCUCUGCGACUACACCAACCCCUGCACCACGUCCUGGUUCUGGGGCCGGCUGGCCAAGGCGCUCUCUCUCCCAUAGAUACCGGGCCGCUGCCUGUCCAUUCGGAGCAGCCAGGCCACUGAGGACAGCAUAGCCAUGGACAUGAAGGGAAAGCCAGCCUUUGUCUGCUUGCGUAUUGGCAGACUGUUCUUAAAACUCUGCUUCGAUACAGGGCUCGUACUGUAGAUGAAGUGUACUGUUGCUGGAGUGUGGUCUAGAGCAGUGGUUCUCAAUCUGUGCUCUGCCGGCUCCCUUCAGGUGGUCUGUGGAAAGGUUAUGUAAUUACAGUUUAUAGAUCCCAUUGCAAACCCAAAACUUGAGACCUUAAAAACUCAGCUAAAGAAGCAGGAAGAACAUGCAUGAGGAUAUUUCCAAGUUAGAAAAACGUCUGCACUCUCCGUCAUGUAUACUUGUGGAGCGUCUAAAGUGUGUUCUUUACCAGAGCCUGUUCAUGUAUUGUGCUCACGUGCACUCACACAGCAGCUUGUAAAGAUAACAUCCGGAAAAAAGAAACUGUAUUAUAUUUACUUCUGCUUUGGAGAAAAAAUAAUCCUUCAAACAAGAUUAUAUUUGUUGUAAACAUUAAACUGGAAGAUUGUAA